ACCCAGUUUCUUUAUCUUAAAGGCACAAAGGCAAUACGCAUAUCUUCUUGUGUCUUAUCUUGUUUUUUAUUUUCAAUUAUUUCUACAUUAUAACAGAGCUCUAAACGUUUUACUUCUCUUGUAGAAUUUUCAUUGUAAGAUUUAGUAUCACAAUCGUUGGAUUAUAAAACUUGUUCGUUCACUUAAGGAACGUUCAUAGUUACAUAAUUUAUAUUUUUUUUCAAACUGUGCUUUUUCAAAACUAAAAUAAGAAUUAAUAUGGCAAUAAAAUUGUUUAUAAUUUUAUCAUUAAUAUCAUUAAUUGCUGGUCAAAAUGAUCUUUUGGUGCCAAAUUACGAUAACGUUGAACAUCAACUAAAACAUUUUGCCAUAAAACAAACAUUGAUACUGCAUUGCGACAUAACCAAAACCGGAGAUUAUGAAUUGACAUGGGAAAAGAAUGGAACUGAAGUUUCUCAAGUAAGUUCACUCGAAGGUCGUUAUAAAAUCAUAAGUCCCGAGAGGAAAUUCAUCAUUGAAAAGACUGAAGAAAAAGAUGCUGGCAUUUAUAGUUGUCGAGUGAAUACUGGCUCCAAGAGAGACAUACGUGUAGUGGCUAAUGUGGUGGUACGAUUGCCAUCGAAUACCAAUGUUGUUGAAGGUGAGAAACUAAAAAUAGUUUGUGCUGUUGUUGGAACCGAACCACGAUUGUAUUGGGAAGCUGGUAAUUUGACAAUAUACAAUUCAACUGGACGUCAUAUAUUGAAGCCCGAUCAGAAUAACAAUGAGAAUGCCAUUUUGAUUGUCGAGAAUGCCGGUCUGGAAGAUAGGGGCGAGUACAAGUGCCAUGCUCGUAAUAUUGUUACAGAUUUGGACUUAGCUGAAACAGCGAGUGAUUUUACAUACGUUCGAGUGAAGGGCAAAUUGGCUGCAUUGUGGCCUUUCUUGGGUAUUAUUGCUGAGGUAUUCAUUAUGUGUACAAUAAUUUUGUUAUACGAGAGGCGUCGCACCAAACGCGAGCUAGACGAAACCGAUACCGAUGGGAAAAACUAGAAUUUAAAAUAAAUUACUUAAUGUAAACAGUAUUAAUAUAAGAACAACAUGUUUAUUUUGUUGAAUAAAACUUCAUUACUAAAGAAAACAAGAAACAAGA